AUGCUACGCUUCACACUUGGCUUGGCAGCUCUCAGUGCCUACUCGGUGUUUGCCCGAUCCCCGUACGAUGUAUCACAGACAGAAUGGAAUGCAUUCAACUCGACUGUGAGCGGACGACUUGGUCGCGGUGUCCCCUUUUCUCGAGCGUGCUUCUCAAAUGUUGGCGUAAACGUUACUGGCGUCUACUCCAAAGAGGAAUGUGCGGUGGCUCAGGAAUCAUACGGCUCGGCAGGCUAUAGAGUAAGCAAGUUCGGGAGUGCAGUAGAAACACAAUGGGAAACCUGUCAAAAAACUAACCAAGGAUGUCUUUUGAAUCCGAACUCGCCUGGGGACGCCGAUGCGUUUAGUUCAAGGGCCUGCCACCAAGGAGGAGUUUCUCCAUAUUAUAUUACAGUUCAGACUGCCGAGGAUGUUAGUAACGCAUUCGCUUUUUCGAAGAAAACUGGGGUUCCAUUGGUAAUCAAGAACAGUGGGCACGACUAUACUGGACGUAGCUUGGCUCCAGAAACUCUGGCGUUAUGGACCCAGAAUCUUAAAUAUAUCAAGCAUUCGACUGACUUCACACCUGAAGGAUGCACAGCCACCGGGGCGCCGGUUCUAACUUUCGGAGCCGGGCAAGACAUGGGCUCCCUGUACGAGUUUGCCGAGCAAAAUAAUAUUACCUUCAUUGGUGGUAGUGGUAAAACAGUUGGUGCGGCUGGGGGAUGGCUGCAGGGGGGAGGCCACUCAAUUCUCUCCAACAAAUAUGGCAUGGGAGUAGACCGAGUGCGACAAUUCCGGGUCGUCACCCCUGAUGGAACUCUAAGAGUUGCCAAUUCUUGCCAAAAUACCGACCUAUUUUGGGCAUUGCGGGGUGGCGGAGGUGGAACAUUCGGAGUUGUCAUGGAAGCUUCUAUUGAGAUUGUGCCGCAUCCUGUCGCCACUGUGGCGCUACAAUGGGAGAUCAGCGCAUCCUUAGGGAAUGUCACAGCAAUACUAGGUUUGAUCACGAAUGUAGCCAGCAAUAGCGACAAGUGGGUUCGUGAUGGGUGGGGAGGAUAUAUUUACCCCACAUAUUCAGUUGUGGCAAAUCCUUCGUUGAAUGCAGAACAAGCGAAAGCCAGUCUCAAAGAUCUGACAGAUUUCCUAACAAGAAACGGCAUUAAAUAUCACUGGCAUGAGUUUUCGACCUUCAAGCCGCUCUUAGAGACCAUUAUUGCGGCACCAAUUCCUAUCGCAGUAAAUGCUGCGCUGGCAUCACGUUUGAUUCCCGUAUCCAAGUUUGAGCCCCUAGUCAAGCCCCUUACUGUCACUCAAACCCUCGAAACUUUUGCUCUUUCAGCAGGAAAGUUCGCAUUCUUCCUAACCUCCCCCUUCAAUUACAAAGCUACCGAGGGCGAUACGAGCAUCACUCCUGCAUGGAGGGAUGCUAUAUGGCACGCGGUAGUGCUAGCAGAUUGGGCAUACGAUGGAAGCGCCGUUGCCGCCAAGCUUGCUUACACUCAAGCGAGUUUAGCAAUCGGACCACUCAGGCUUUUGACCCCGGGAGGAAGCGCGUAUCAAAACGAAGGGGAUGUCUACGAGCCCAAUUGGGAAUCAUCGUUUUGGGGCUCGAACUACAACAAGUUAUCCUCACUAAAGCAGAAGUAUGACCCAGACGGCUUACUGGACUGCUGGCAUUGCGUCGGAUGGAAGGGUAGAAACACCCCGAUCGCGUCGUGUUAUCUGUAA